AAGGAUUUAAAUUUGCUUUAAUAGAGUUCUGUGUUAAUAGCACUUAAUAAUUUGAAAUUAACCUCUGACAUUUGAUCACAAUCCAAAGUUCACUUCGCUGAUUCUCUACAUUGUGAUAAAAGAAAUUUGUCGAAUUUUCUAAUAAAUUUCGAUAAGGAAAUCCUAUUAUUGCAUCAUAUCCAAUUCCAGGUUUAUCAAAUCUACAACAAAACAUGCCAUUUACUGUAAAAUGUUGAAAUCGAAAUUUCUUUACAACUGUGCCCUCCAAAUAAGAAAGAUGAGUUCCAAUGCGUCUUGUAGCCGUUUAACUGGAAGAGUAGCUGUUAUUACAGCCUCAACAGAUGGUAUUGGUUUGGCUAUAGCUCGUAGAUUAGCUAGGGAAGGUGCUAAAGUAGUCGUGAGUAGCAGAAGGGCUACAAAUGUUGAAAAAGCAGUUAACGACUUGAAACAGGAAGGCUUGAAUGUAACAGGGGUUGUAUGCCAUGUUGCUAAGGCUGAAGAUAGGAAGAAACUCUUCGCUGAAUCGGAAAAGUUGGGAGGAUUAGACAUAUUGGUGUCUAAUGCAGCUGUGAACCCAGAAAUCGGUGGAGUUUUGGACGCAAGUGAAUCAGCUUGGGAUAAGAUUUUUGAUGUGAACUUGAAAGCUUCCUAUCUCUUGGCCAAGGAAGCUUUGCCGCAGUUGAGAAAAAGCAAGUUCGGUAGGAUAGUUUUCAUUUCUACCAUAUCUGCCUAUGUGCCACUAGAUGUUUUAGGUGUCUAUUCUGUAAGUAAGACAGCUCUUUUGGGUUUAACGAAGGCAGCAGCAAAUCAAUUGGCACCCGAAAAUAUCACAGUGAAUUGUGUGGCACCAGGGGUGAUAAAAACUAGAUUUGCCACAACUUUAACAGAAUCUGAUGAAACUAGAAAACAAGUUUUAGAUAAAAUACCUCUGGGAAGGUUAGGAGUACCUGAAAAUAUUAGUGGGGUUGUUGCGCUUUUGGUCUCUGAUGAUGGCUCUUACAUAACUGGAGAAACUAUCGUAGCAGCAGGAGGCAUGACCUCCCAUUUGUGAAGAGCUCACUUCAAUACUUGCAAUUUAUAUAAUUUUACAGAGUAUUAAAUAUGCUCAAUUAUAUUUUAUAUAUCAAAUAAGUUGAUGAGAUUUAUACAGAUUAUUAUUUUUUCACAGUAUGGCACUUUAAUAAAACCAUAAAGAAAUUGA